AUGGAAUGCCAAAAUAUCUUUCCUUCAAACCUCUCGCAGGUCGUUGAUAAUGACGGUUUGUAUGUUGCUGGCGUAAAUGUUGGUGCUGGAAAGGCUGAAAAUUUGGUGUGCGCCACUGGCUAUGACCACAGUAACAACGUAGUGUACGACACUGUUCCUGUCGAGCAUUCAGUGUUGCAGUAUCCCAACCUGAUGAUGACGCCACCGCUUAUGUCCCCUACCGACAUCGACUUGAAGCCAUUGAUUACUACUCCAUAUGAGUUGACCGACAAAUAUCACGCAUUUCCAUCCCCACCCAUGUUGAUCAACCAAUUGUACCCUGAACAACUCCGAGAUGUCGGUUCAAUGAUUCCCGACCAAACAAUAAUUGAGGUCGAGACAAAGAAAUCCUUGGAAAUCAAUAAACCUGUGGAGAACAAGAAACAAAUUAAAGUACUAUCACCACCAUCCAUCAAGGAUGAGAAUGACGGGAAGGUUGAAGAAAGCAAGGAUAAGAAAGAAGACGAAGCUCUUUUCGUCAAUCCAAAGCAAUACAAACGUAUCCUCAAGAGAAGAAUUGCCCGCGAAAAAUUCGAAAAACGUUAUGGCCUUUCCAAGAAGAGAAAGCCUUAUAUUCAUGAGUCUCGUCAUGUGCACGCGAUGCGUCGUCCCCGUGGACCGGGCGGACGAUUCUUGAAUACUCACGAGAAUACGAAUGCAAAUGCACGCCAAAACCUCGAAACCUGCAGCAACUUCAACCCCUCCAUUUCAUACGUGCAACCAGAGUACUCGGAGUACUACCAAGAACCCGGCAACGUGUAUUAUCCAAUUCAGAAUCCCCCCGUCCAGGAAAUAAAUUGGAACGUUGCGGCAGAACCUUAUAAUUACGAACAAAAUCUCUAUGAAUCGAAUCCCAUCAACCCCGUCGUCCCUUUUGACAACUUUAAUCAAAUCAAUAACCUCGGAUCAACGUACUCGCCGUUGGUCUCAAUCGAUUCCAACGAAAAUCCAUUGUUUGCAACAUACAUUCACUAA